CAGUCAUCAGGAUGGAGAGCAGCCGGAUGGAUGUCUUCAGCGAACUGUGAGCUGCGAAUUUCAGGACUUUUCAACAUAUUUGUGGAAACCUCAUGAUCCUCUUUAACUAAAAUCUAAGCUGCUUAUACUUCAUGGUAUUUAUUUUGUUCACCUAAAAGAGUCGGGAUGAACAGAGACGGAGACAAGAGCGCAAAGACUGCGCUCCGGAGCCAGAAACAACCCAAGGCGCAGCAGCAGCUUUCUGUCCAGAAGAAGAAGAAGAGAGAUGCUCAAAGUGUCUCCGACUCUAAAGACUCACAGUCAGGUCAGUGCGACUCUGGGAGGGAGAUGAAAUCAGCGGCAGUUCAGGGGAAACGACCGGGAAAAGUGGCAUCAAGUGCCCCAAUGGAGGGUCAGAGGAGCCCCGGCGCGCAGAGGAAACUAUCCGAUGCCAGCAACGCAUCAGAGGACCUGAGCAAAGACUCCGGCUGCCCGUCUGGGAAAGUCUCCACCUCAGACAGCAGCUCAGAGAUAUCCGACUGCGCCUCGGAGGGCAACAAGCGCGACUCUCCGAGCUGCGACAAUGAAUUAAUCUGGACAAACGGGAGAGCUUACGUGAGCCCGGGCAGCGAGGGGAAAGGAGACGGCAAGCCGUGCGUAAAGGCGGCGAGAGAUACCUGCGACCUCCAGCCUGAUGCUGCUGGAGGGGGGCUCAGUCUGCUGAACUCCUCGGGGUCGUUUAUUGAUCUCAUGAUGGGAGAAACAACCGAAGACCUCGUCAGGGAGGUGGAAGAUCUGAGAUCAGAGAACGAGUACUUGAAAGAUGAGGUGGAGGAGCUUCGCUGUGAGAUGCUGGAAAUGCGCGACAUGUUCCAGGAGGAGGAGGUGUACCGGCUGCAGGAGCUUCGUCUGCAGCUGGAGCAGGCCAACAAGACCUGUCGCAUCCUGCAGUACCGCCUCCGCAAGGCCGAGCGCCGCAGCAUCCGGGUGGCUCAGACGGGACAGGUGGACGGGGAGCUGGUCAGGAGCUUGGAGCACGAUAUCAAGGUAGCGAAGAGUGUUUCCCUCCGACUGUACAACGAUCUGGAGGUGGUGCAGAAGAAGAACUCACAGCUGGAGUGGGAAAACGAGGCGCUGCGCGAGAAAACGCAGGAACUGGAAGUGGCCAAGCAGGUGUUACAGACGGAGGUGGAGAAAGCCAGAGAGAGCACCCUGAAGAGGAAAAGCAUCCGAUCAACAGCCAGUAAGGCUGAGAGGAGGCUCUCUCAACAGAUUGAGGAUGACAGCACCGAUCUCAGGUGCCAGCUCCACUUUGCCAAAGAGGAAUUAUCCCUGAUGUGCAAGAAGCUCACCAAGUUGGUGUCAGAGAGCGAGGCAAUGCGCGAGGAGCUGGCCAAAUACCGCUCAGCCUACGGCGACAUAGACGUCACCCAAUCGCCUGAAGGAAAACAGAACACCGCCCACGCCAGGGAGGCAGAGGUCAAAGUUCACCUGAAACUGGUGGAAGAGGAGGCCAUGCUCCUGAGCCGGCGCAUCGUUGAACUGGAGGUGGAGAACCGAGGACUGCGAGCAGAAAUGAGCGACCUGAGGGAGAAAAUGGGAAGAGGAGGCGAGGAAGAGGAAGAGAGACAGGAUGUGCCGGAGGAAAAUGUGUCGGCUUCCACGCCGGUGAAGGACAGAGAGGCAAGUUUGAAAAUAGGAUGCACGGUGUAUGAACAAGGUCGGGAUGAGGAAGCCGGAAAAGAUAAAACUGAUGUUGAGACGUCUUUGCAUUGCAAUCAAUCACAAACUGGAGGGACGAUCACUGCUUGUCAUAUUCCUCGAGAAGGUCCAGUGGGAGGUGAAUGGGACCCUUCAGAUAGUCCUGAGAGCGAUGACAGCAAACCUGACAGAGGUCUCAAAGGAAUGACGAUAAAAGACUAUGAAACGCUCCUUUCUCUCAGAGAUCACUCCUGUAUUUUGCGUUCAGCCAUCCAGCUGCUGACGACGCCACCGAAAAACGGCCACUGCUCGUCUCCUUCAUGUGUUUUCACCUCUCCGACAACAGAGGUGGAGUUCAAUGGCAAAGUACAGAAGACACUCCUACCCGGGCCUUUGAAUGAGGCGUUGGAGCUCCUACAGUCCAUGCUGUUGGCAUUCAUCGGGAGGGUGGAGACGCUUCUUACAGGAGAAGAUUUAGGCAAACUCUCCGCUCACAAGGACGGACAUGUUUGGGAUUCAUCCACUUUCUCCUCUGGAGACGUCGCAGCUCAUGACGUGGAUGCUCUAAAUAAGCAGGAGUGUGUGGAAGAUCUCCGCACCGCAGAGGUAAAGGAAAGAGAACAACAAAUGAGACAAGUGACUCACUUCCAAUGGGACCUCAUCCAUAGCUGCAGGGAGCCAAAAAUGCGACUUUCCCUGCAGAUUCUGUGGAUCCUGAAUCAGUGGUGUCAAGUUAAAGGACCUGGACUGGAGGGAAAAGAGGGUAAAGAUAAAACCAUGUCUGUGCUGCGUCGGUUGUUGCAAGACCUCGGUGCGGAGCUGCAGGAUGAGCGGAUUGAAUUUGACAGUGCAGCCAAGGCCACGCAAGGCAAGGCAGCUGAGCGUGCCGCCAGGAGUAUCUUUCAUGAUGAACGACACUCUGAAGCUGACAGAAUGCGCAGCUCAAAAGAGAAAAGGCGUCAGUUUUCUCCACACCCUUGCACGAGGAAGAACUGGUGCUAUGUGAACGAGGAGGUCGCCCAACUGGACCGAGAAGACCCUGUUAAGACGUGGGACCAUCUAAUCAUGCCGCUUAGCUUCCCUGAUCUUGACUUUGCACAGAUGUCCCUGGAGAGGAGCCACACUGCCCCGGAGAAGUCGACCUUCCGCAUCUACUACAGCCCGCCGUCAGCUCGCAGAGUCCAGCUGGCUCAGUUGAAGCAAAGCCCGGAUGCAGAUAGAGAAUCUGUCAACACGGCCUCUCCCUGGUGCACGCCGCCGACCUCCUUCUCUCCGCUCUGUCUGGGUUCUUCAGCCAACCUGAGCGACGACAUGAAGGAAAUGACGGCCAGCUGGAGGCAGACGGUUUACAUGAGUCCGGAGGAGAAGAGAGGGAGGCCACAGGGGCGGUGGGUGGACGUGGCCUGCUCAGGUACUCAGACCCGCAUGAAGCCACAGAUGGUGAGUGUUGGUCUGCAGACGGAUGGGACAGUUACGGUGAGAGGGAGUCCUUCCCGAGUCCUGAGCACCUCCCUGAUCUCCACCCGCUCUCACCACAUCUCCACCUCUCUGGACGGGGUGCCAGGCAGAGUUGAGAGGAUGAGAGCCUCCACCUCAUCGCCCAAACUGUACCGGAGACACUCUGCAUCUGGUGCUUCCACUCCACCCUCAUCAUCCUCCUCAUCAUCCACUUCUAGAGAUCGAGCACUGUGGAACCUGAAUCAAAGCCAUACCGGCCUCACAUGGACCCGACAGACCAGUCCCAGAGCAGGUGCAGCACAGACCCACAGCCCUCCGAGCAGCGCCAAGCCGCCCAGCAAAUCUGCAGGGACCAACCGUUAUGGCAUGGUGACAGAGUUCCUGCGUAGGGUGAGCGGCCGGGUAGAGAAACCUGUAGCAGGGUCGGGGCCGAAGACUAAGAGCGGCCUGAAGAACCUGGAGCGAGUUCCAACAAGGCCUCCCUCCGCUUCACUGCACAGACAGGACAGCGUGACGAGGAUCGUCAACCAGAGGUUCAUGAAGCAAAGAGAAGAGGCCGGCCGGGUCCAGAAAGAGGAGAAGGGGAGCAGUCUGAACCACAGCGGCCGAAACAGUACUGUCACAUCAGAGGAUGGAAACUAUGACUGCAGCUCCGGCAGCACGCUGACCUUCUGCUUCGCCCGCUCGUCUCGCUCCACCCAGAGACAAACAUCAAACCAGAGCAAACCCCAACGACACAGAUACCCGCCUCCGGCCAGCGCUGCUGCUGACUCGCAGAGCAGCGUGUGAACGAGAGACUGAUACUUCUGGACAGCUGAGGGCGAGCAGAGCCACGGGGAAGGGAUUUAAAAUGUAAUGGAUGAACUGGGAGGACUGGUAGACUGUAUGUGGGAUGUUUAGGAGAGCCGUGGGUGAUUUCUUUUGGUGCAAUUCAUAACACUCAUCUUCUUUUACAGAUGGGCUUAGUCUUUUUAGUUACAAACUUAAGUGUUUUAUUCAUAUUUACAAUUUAAAACUUUAUAUAAAACCGAUUCAGCAUUUAUAUU